AUGCGCAACUUCAUCUCUGUCAUUGCCCUCGCUGGUGCCGCCACUCAGCUUGCGGCCGCCCAGUCGCCCGACUUGAUCGGAUGUGCUACAGCUGUUCUGAGCAACAUCAAGCUGCCUAACUGCUCGCCCAGUGACAUCAGCUGCUUGUGCGGUGACUCGUCCUUCCUCGGCAAGGUCAAGGACACCAUUACCCAGAAGUGCAUGCCGUCUGCCCAGACAGAGGCCCUCACAUUCGCUGAGAAUUUGUGCAAGACUCCAUCCUCUUCUGCAUCCUCUGCGCCAUCUCUUCUAGGAGCCCUCUCCGGUUCUCAACCUCUGCGCCGCGAAUCUACUGAAUGCUCGUGCCCCUGUGAAUCCGGCUCUGGUUCUCCCUCUCCCUCUUCCUCUGCGUCUGGCACUAGCCCUGAAUCUACUCCCUCCUCCGGCUCUACUCCCGGCGGCGCUGUCCCUGUUGCCGCUCCUCCCUCUGGUGCUUCUCCCGCCGCUUCUUCUCCCGCUGCUGCCGGCUCCAGCUCUGCGGCUGUUCCCUCUGGAUCUAGUGGUGUCUCUCCGACCAACGCUCCCUCCAGCUCCAGCUCUGGUUCUGGUUCUGGUUCUUCCCCCAGCGCUAGUGGCGCCAGCCCGGCCGGGACCAGCGGCGCUGCUUCUCCUAGCGACACUGUUUUCCAUGGUAGCGGUGCUCAGUCCCUACCUAGCCUCGUCGCUCCCCUGGCCAUUUCAUUCUUCGCUGCAUUGGCCACCCUAUGA